GGCGGGUUACCGGGUGCGCAGCUGGCGCUGUCAGUCGCGGCCCAAGAUGGCGGCGGCCGGGGGCGGAUGGAGGCGCUGGUGACGGUGCGGAGACUCGCCGCCGUCUGUACCAUGGGCGCCAAUGCCUCUGCUUUGGAGAAAGAGAUUGGUCCUGAGCAGUUCCCUGUGAAUGAGCAUUACUUUGGCUUGGUCAAUUUCGGCAAUACCUGCUACUGCAACUCGGUCUUACAGGCACUUUAUUUUUGUCGGCCAUUUCGGGAAAAAGUUUUGGCAUACAAGGUGCAGCCUCGAAAGAAGGAAAGCCUCCUGACCUGCCUCUCUGAUCUCUUCAACAGUAUUGCCACACAGAAGAAGAAGGUGGGAGUCAUCCCACCCAAGAAAUUUAUUUCCCGCUUGAGAAAGGAAAAUGAAUUAUUUGAUAAUUACAUGCAGCAGGAUGCACACGAAUUCCUCAACUACCUACUGAACACUAUUGCUGAUUUACUGCAAGAGGAGAAAAAGCAGGAGAAGCAGAACGGGAAGCUCCAGAAUGGCAGCAUUGAGAGUGAAGAAGGAGACAAGCCUGAUCUGACGUGGGUCCAUGAAAUCUUCCAAGGAACACUAACCAAUGAAACCAGAUGUCUUAACUGUGAGGCUGUUAGUAGCAAAGAUGAGGACUUUCUGGACCUCUCGGUUGAUGUGGAACAAAAUACAUCAAUUACACAUUGUCUAAGGGGAUUUAGUAACACUGAAACUCUAUGCAGUGAAUACAAAUACUAUUGUGAGCAGUGCCGCAGCAAACAGGAGGCACAGAAGAGAAUGAGGGUGAAGAAGCUGCCCAUGAUCCUGGCUCUGCACUUGAAGAGGUUCAAGUACAUGGACCAGCUGCACCGCUACACCAAGCUGAGCUACAGGGUGGUGUUCCCCCUGGAGCUGCGCCUCUUCAACACCUCGGGGGAUGCCACCAACCCCGACAGGAUGUACGACCUGGUGGCCGUGGUGGUUCACUGUGGCAGUGGCCCAAACCGUGGGCAUUACAUCACCAUCGUGAAGAGCCACGGCUUCUGGCUGCUGUUUGAUGAUGACAUUGUAGAGAAAAUUGACGCCCAGGCCAUUGAAGAAUUCUAUGGGUUAACAUCAGACAUUUCCAAAAACUCUGAAUCUGGAUAUAUCCUCUUCUACCAGUCCAGGGACUGAGACAAGAGACACAAAGGAUGGACACAAGGAAAAAGGGAUCAAGCUUUGUCCGAGUGGAACGCGUUUGUGCCAGCAGAGCAGUUCCUCGGUGGUGCUGUAGGACCAGGACAGAGCAGGGGGAGGAGAGAGCUCCCUCCUGCCCUUUUUGGAGGAUUAGUGCUGAACUGCCCUAACAAGAAGAGCUUUUGUUCCAGUUUUCUUUCUGGGCUUU